CCAACAUGGCCGCAGUGGUAAAGAUAACAACCGAGCGCCUUCAUAACAAUUUUGUAUCUUCUGGAACUUUAAAAGCAAUUGACAAUGAGUUGGUAAUGAUAAAUUGAACAAAAACCAUGGACGAAAAAUUUAAAGAAUUGUUGGAGGCGCACAGGUCGAAGUUUUCGGCCGUAAUAGACGCUGACAGUUUGUUGCCGAUUCUAGAACGAGCUGAAACUUUGACGCAGGCGGACGUAGACGAAAUCAAUAAACAAACCGCAAAUAAAGACAAGAUUGACAAAAUUCUAGACAUAUUAACUACGAAAGACAAUUUUGCAUUUAAAAGCUUGUGUUAUGCACUUGAACCAACAUAUCCACAUUUAUUGACAGUGAUGUUUCUUGGAAAUAGCCAAGGCAUUGGAUCAGAAGCAAGGCCAGUGUCAUUAGCGUCUGAUUCAGAAGAUGAUGUUCUAAGAAGAUCUAACAGCUCAGGUGACGCAAGAUCACAGGAUCUGAAGACAUAUACACGCAUCAUACCUUCCUAUGAAUACGAUGACUUUCAAGAUUUGGACCACUCUCUCAGCGAGGGACAUCGUUCUGGGGCCAAACAUAAACAUCACUCAGGACGAUACAAACUUGGUCUGAAUGGUGAAAAUAGGCAAAGUGGACACAAUAGGGAUUAUGAUUGGUUAAAAUCACAGUGUGAAAGAGCCAUGUCAGAAUUGCAAGCCCUUAAAUCGCAGCAGACGGACAAUACAAAACGUUACGAAGCAGUCAUGAAUGAAUCAGAUUCGUAUCGUCAAAGCUACGUGUCGACUCUGAAUCAGCUUCAGCAGAGUCGAGAAGAAGUGAAUGAGAUUCGUGGACAGAAUCAUGAUUUAAUAGCGGAAAAUAAAAGACUCGAACAGGAAGUGAAAAACUUCAAAAAGUUGAGAGAAGAAGAUCAACAGGAAAUGGCAGAAUUACGUAAACGUCAACGAGAUAUAGUAAGUCAAAAUGGUUCUAGUGAAGUGCUAAAUGCUUUAGACAUGUAUGAUAGGAUUAAACAGGAUUAUGAUUCACUUAGGGAAAGUUAUUCAGAUCUAGUCACCCAGCGUAGUGCUUUAGUAACUAAAUAUGAGAGUGGACAGGAGGAAAUAGCGCAACUAAAGAAACAGUAUCUGUCUGUGUGCAGUGAACGGGACGCUGCCGUUCAUGAGAAAAAUGGUCUUAAGCAGCAGUGUACGGCUGCAAUAAGAAAUUGGGACCAAGUGCUUCAUGAACGUAAUGAUUUAAAUGAGAAAAUUAUUAAAAUUACUCAGCAAAGAGAUGACGUUAUGAAAGAAAUGAAUCAAGCUCUUGCGAGUCAAUUACGACUAAAGAAAGAAUUGGAAAUUGUUCAGAAAGAUCGGGACGCAAUAUUACGCGAGUAUACUCUGGUUAUGUCGGAAAGGGAACAGGUUCAUAAAGACAUUGAACAACUGCAGGAAACUCUUGCAGAUAAUACUAAAAAGAUUGAUGCUUUAUUGAAGGAGAAAAAGAUUGCACAAGAUGAAGCAGAAACUUUAAAACGUGAAAUAUCAUCUGCUCUGCAGGAUCGAGACAGAGCUGUGAAAGAGAGGAAUGAAUUUAGUGAAAAAUGUAAUGAAUUAAUGAGUAAACAUUGUGCAAUUGAGAAACAGAGAGAGGAUUAUAAAAAGAGCUAUGAAACUUCUGUUGAACAGAGAGAUAUUGCACGUAAAGAAAGACAAGAAGCCAUGCAAGAUAGGGACCGAAUUCUACGAGAAAAAUAUGAAAGAGAACAGUUUCAGAAAGAGAAGGCUGAAAUCAUGGACCAGGUGAACAAAGAAACAGAACAACUCAAAAAACAAGUGGAAAAGCUGCAACAGGAAUUAUAUGAUGGAAUGCAUGAGGCAGAGAUAGCUAAGAGUCGUAGAGACUGGGCGAUGAGUGAACGAGACAAAAUUGUACAGGAACGUGAUAGCGUGAGGACCCUCUGUGACAAUCUGAGGCGGGACAGGGACCGUGCUGUCAGUGAUCUUGCCCAGGCUCUGAGAGACUACGAUGAAAUGAAGAAACAAAAACAAGAGUCACUCAGAGAGCUUAAGGAGAUCAAGGAGAAGUAUGAAUUGGUGAAUGAUAAAGAGUCUAGAAAAAGUCAGCUUAACUCAGUUGGUCACAAUCGUAGUCGAGACUCGGCAAUAGAUGCAGAUCUGCAGGAGUUCGAGACAGAGACUGUUGAUGUUGAACUGACUGGUAUGAACAAGGAUGACCUUGGAUUUGACCUUGUUGGUGGUAAAGAUGACCCACAAUAUCCGAAUGACAACUCCAUCUUCGUCAGUCAUGUCAGUAAAGGAAGUCUAGCAGAGGGAAAACUCAAGAUGAAUGAUCAGAUUUUGCGUAUUAACAAUAAAGAUGUGACCAGUGUAGACAAAAGAUAUGCGAUAGGUCUGUUAAGAAAUCGCUCAGGAAUUGCAACAGUGCAGUUACUGAGAAGACGUAAAAUUUCCCCAUCCACAAGCCGAUCUUGGCAGUCAAUACAGUUCAGUAUUCCUCCAGGAAAAGACAUUGGAAUUCAGCUGGAGAAUGGGCUGUAUGUGACAAGGGUAAACCCUGGCUCAUACUCUGCUAAAGAGGGCCUUAUUACAGUUGGAGAUAGAAUCAUGAGUGUGAAUGGCCGUAGUGUGGAGAACAUGAGUCCUGAGGACCUACAGAAAGUGUUAUAUCAGUGUGGAGGAGAGACCAUUAUGCUGGAUGUCUGGCGACAGACAACACCACUCAGCUCGGCUGGUUCCUCACCAGUUCCCAUCGUAGCUAGCAUGCAGGAGCAGCUGCUUAGCUCACCGCUUAAAUCUGACUCUUCAAAACGCUGGGAAUCAACCAGUGAGAGCAGUAAGGGCAGCAUGAAAAAUAUAAAAAGUAGCGGGUCCCAGACGGACAGUCUGGAUAGCCCGGGUAUUCCCAGACGGCACAAAGAUAGAAAACAUUCAGAAAAAGAUUUGGAUGGUAAAGGCAGACAUAGUGUACAUAUUUAUGAUAAAGCUUUAGAAACUGUGAAUAAAUUUUUCCGUCCACGACAUAAAAGCUCGGAGAGGAGCGAUAACGAUAAAGGCACAUUGACCUUGAGUAGACCUCAAACUAUGAUAGAAGACAGUGGUGGUCUUGCUGAAUUCUCAUUCCCAACACAUCAACGAGACAAUUCUGGGUCCUCAAACACAAAUAGAAGUAGUGGUAGGAGCCGGGAAUAUGAUCCGGAAAUGAGUGGCACCGGCACAUGGCCGAAGUGCAUGAAAAUUUCUAACACUGCCAAUAAUGGAACUGUGGUACAAAUACAGAAAAACCACCACAAACGCCCAACCAUUGAUGCUGUGAUAAACCACUCUGGGGAAAAUAUCCCCACGGCCCGUGUACCACCCCUGCCUCCAGAGAGAAAUGCAUCUUCAUUUGUGGCUGCGAGGCAUACACCACAGAACUCUGAUUCAACAAUUACCUACAGCUCUCAUCCACCCUCACCAUCCUUAUCACCACAGCCCAGUACGUCUAGUACUAGCUCGUACUUCCCUAAAUCUCCCAUACCAAUACCAAGACGCUCAUUUAAUAUUCAUGAACCUUCGGACUCCCAGAGUUCUCUUAGUCAAAGUCACAGCCUUUCGCAUUCUCAAGUUCAAAGUCAUUCUCAAAAUCAUACGCCUUCUCAAGGUCAACAAGGCCAUCAAAAUCACAGGUCAGCGAAGGUGAACAAUACAAGAAAUCCACCAAGGAUGCCACAUAUACCAAGCCAAGUGGCCACUGCACAGUUUAAUCUGGAUUUAAAGUCAAACAGCCACAUGCAAGGCCGUAGGCGGCCUUUAUCGGGACAGACCCGAGACUCGAGAAAUACAAAUAUGUACUUGUCACCAACUAGUCACAAUCCGCCUAGAAUGGAUUACAGUCAGUUUGGUAGUCGCUCUAACAAUACCACGCCAGAACCAUUAGCAUCACCACCACCUUGCUUAACAGACCUGCCACCUGGCGGAAGACCAUAUCCUACUCCAAAUUCAUUGCCUCACAGUUUACAAGGAGAGAAGCCAUUACCAAUUCCCUCCCAGCCAGUUUUAGCAAAGCCGUACAACAUCCAUCUAGCCACAAAGACAGUACACAUGCCACCAUUCAGUACGCCACUUCCCGGGGCUACAUUCCCAGACAGUAUACAAGAGCUAGAUCACUUGCCGCCCUACCAUGGCAGUACAUCAGACUGGAGCUCACCAAGUCCCUCUCAAUUAUCAACCAUGGAGAGUAGCUUCACUCCAACACCUAGCGAACAGUACCCAAAUACAGGAUUUCCAGGGUCAUCUCCCAUCGGGCGGGGGAUUGACCCGGAGGUUCACAUGUUUAAUAGAGGUUAUCAUAACAAGUUCAGGAUACCAUCAACCCCAAGUAUGACCACCAAUGAUACGUCGGGCUCAGUUGAAGUUGUGUCAGACCGCAGCAGCCCUUGUUCACCAUUCCCAGAUCUCAGCAUUCAAAAGAUGUUACCUUCCAUAUCACCUCAUGCUGAUCCCAUUCCAUACAGGAAAAAACCGAAGCCAGGUGAGACGAGGAAGAUCAGUAUAGAAAAAACAUCCAAACUUGUGGGAUUCCAGAUAGAAAUGGGACCUAGUGGCGGCAUCUUUGUCUCCUCAGUCAAUGAGAACAGUCUAGCAGCCCAGGCAGGGCUUGUCAUUGGGGACCAAUUACUGGAGAUAUGUGCAAUCAACAUGAGAAAUGCCACAUAUGACCUGGCUGCGCGGGUAUUACAGCAAUGUGGUAACAACCUUACGAUGUUGGUACAGUUCAAUCCAGAAAAGUUUAAUGAUAAUGACAGUGGAUCGUCAGCAGAAAGUUCGACAAACACUUCACCACUGAAUUCUCCAGAUUCAAAAUCAGUCAAAAGUCGUGUGUAUAACGGUAUUUCACAGAGGGAAACACCCAAAUCUCCAUCUCGUGUACACAGUCAUAGUAGUUCCAUGGGAAAGUACGAUGCCCAGCGGAAAAUCUCAUUUAAGAAACCCAAUCCAAGCGCAAGUCUAGGUAUCUCACUGGCUGGAGGUAAUGCUACUGGAAUCUUUGUGCACAAUGUUGAGGAGGGAAGCCCAGCUGCUGGUCAUAAUGGGGUUCAUCCUGGGGACCAGAUUCUUGAGUAUAAUGGAAUAGACUUUACACGAGCCACUGCUGAGCAGGCAUACAGACACCUAAAUGAGCCGUGCUCAUCUGUGAGAUUCAGAGUUAGAUACCAUCCCUCUUUAUAUAACAAAGUACGAAACAAGAAGGUUGUUGACUCAAUUUAUGUGCGGGCCAUGGUUGAUCACAAUGCCGAGAAAGAUAAGGAAGGAGACCUGAGUUUCCGCAAAGAUGAUCUCCUGCAUAUCGAGGAUACCGUGUAUAAAGGACAGAAAGGUGUCUGGUAUGCUUGGAUCAUUAGUGACGAUGGACAGAAGAUUAAAGGUGGAACCAUUCCAAGUAAAGACAGAUUAGAGGAUAACUUGUCAUUGCACAGAAGUUUAUCAGAUAAUUUGAGUGUGCAUGAUUCUGAGGAAUACAAAACACCUGCUCGCCGUGGAUCUGGCUCGGCACGUAGAAGUUUCUUCCGUAGAAGCAAGAAACACCAGAGGACGGGAUCGAAGGAUAGUCGAGAGUUUAAUUCUUUCUCUGAUGUCUCUCUCAACAGUGACUCCUUACCAGUCCUUGAUGAUCUUUCCAUGUAUACAUACCUCAGCGUAGAAAAACUUGAAUAUAAAAAGACUCGACCUGUGGUACUGAUAGCUCCGCUGGCGGAUGCUCUAAUCCAGAAAUUAUCCUCAGAAUCUCCAGACAAAUAUUUCUAUUGUGAACCCUCUGUAAUCCAGACAUCUCACCACUGUAUGGAGCAAGGAUUGAAGGACGGACAGUUUAUAGAUUACUGGCAGCAGGACGAGCGCUACUUCUGUAUCCGACUCAAAUCUGUAACCGAUAUCUGUGAUAAGAAUAUCCACUGUUUGUUGAAUGUAAAUCCGUUGGCUAUAGAGCGACUACAGAGGCAACAAAUUUAUCCUAUUGUCAUAUAUGCUCGACACAAGUCUUAUAAACAAUUACGGGAAAUUAAAGAUGUGCAAUUUUUGCCAGAGAAGUUGAGUUUAAAGUCUGCAAAGGAACUGUUUGAAUACUGUCAGAAAGCUGAACAGGACUACAGACAUCUUAUCUCGGCUACCAUUCAAGGUGGAAACCUGGCAGAGAUGACUCAGCAGAUAAAAAAUGUUUUAUCAUCGGAAAAAGACAAACCAAUAUGGGUUCCUUCAUCCACGUUGAGAUGACAGCUGGACUUGUAACAUACAGCAUACAGGACACAUUUACAACAUACUGUGUAUAUAACAUCAUAGUGGGCUUUCAGAGAAAUGUUUGAUGACGCGAUAUUUUGAAAGACUAGAUGUAACAGUAGCAUGUGAAUAAAAACACACAUUUAGUAGUUAAGUUUUAGAAAUUACUGGACUGGUUGAGAAAUUGAGAUUUUACAGUUUGGCAAGCAGAAAAAUUAUGUUUGAAUUUAGGAAAAGCAGUCAGGUUGGCAAAACUUGUUGACCUAAAUAACUGCAGUUAACUGGAAUUCCUAGAGGGCAACUCAUUAUUUGGACUUUUAGUACAGUACAUUCAUGGAAACAAAGAUUCUACAGGCUUUUAAGUAAUAGAUACAUACUUACAAAUUAAUAUACUUUUUUGGUAACAUUUUUGCAUCAAAGAAUUGUCUUUACAGUUUUAUGUGAAAAGAAAAGAUCCUUCAACAUCUGUAAAAAUCAGUAAAAAAUUUCGCAUUAUUUAGGGCAGAAAGAAUCAGUUUAAAGCAUUUUGUCGCUAUAUUUAACGUUUUUGUUAUUUAUUUGAAAGACUGUGCAUAUGAAGAAAUUAAUUUUGUGUAUAUUUACUUGUUAAUGGGACUCACCACCAGAGCAAUGUCAAAAUGUUUUGAAAUGGAAAUGUGAAAAUCUCCUAUAGAGAAAUCUCACUAAAUCCUGUGAUAUCAAAAUGAGAUCUUGUAUUUGACUUGGCCUUUGAUAAAUUAAUCCGGAUGAUGUGUGAAUUCAUGAACAAUUCUGUUGUUUUAUUUUUUACAUUUUACCCUCAGUUUUGAAAGUUAGAUUUUGACAUUAUUCUGGAGACGUCCCAAAGGCAGAAAAACUGAAAUAUGGAGAACAUGAUUGCAUGUGCUUGUGUUAGUAUUCAUUUUUGGGGACCAUUUUGUUUUGUUUUUAUUAUUUAUUUUUUAUGAAUGUUGUAACACUGUCAAACCUCAAUGUCUAGGUUGUGAAUUUUUCUUGGGAUAGUACAGCUGUGUUUGUAGUGUAAAGUCUGUGUAAAAUCCGCCUCAUGUUACUUUAUAUACCAUUCAGCAUUCUGCAGGCUAUGGUCAUAAUAUCCUAUUAAAAAAAAAAAGACAGUCAAAACCCUAUAGCCAUUUAUUAUUUUUUAAUGUUGAAGUAUAACUAUUUUCAAUACUGUUUUCACUAAAUACGAUGACAGUAAAUGGUUCUUGGAAGUACUCUAAACAAACCAGCAAGCCCAAAACUGAUAUUUAUAUGUCCAGUUCAUGUGCAAAGCUCAUUCAUGUUAAAAGUUUUGACAGCUAUCUGCUUUUAGUCAUGUCUGGUUUAUUUUGGGAAGUUUGAGAACAAGUCAGUACUAGUUUGAAAUCUCUUCUCUUUCUGCAAAACACCUUCAGCUAUUAGCUAGUUCAUUUACCAUAAGUUUCUGCAUGCUCAAUUAAACUUUCCUCUACAAUGUAGAAUCCGAUUAAAGCAAAAUUUGUUCGAAAACUCAAGAUAUACUAAGCAAAUCUGCCCAAUAAUGAAGGGAGGACUGAAAAACAUGGCCAGAAUCAGAUUUUCAGACCUAUAACCUAUUGGAAAAGUAAAAUUUUGAUCAAGACAUUUUUACAAUUUACAUAUUGUAUUUCAUUUAGUUAAAUGACAUAUAUAGCUCCGUGUGCUUGUUCUUUGGUUUUACAGAUACUUGUCCUUAUGGAAAUGCAGAUUUAAACCAAAAUUGGAAUUUUUUCCUGUUUGAACUUAUCAUAUAUUUAAUCUUUAGAGAGAAACUCAGUUUUAUUAAUUAUAAAUAAAUUAAUAAUAAAUUAUUCAUGAUUUGAAUUACAUUUGGAUAUGCCAGACUUUUAUUCUAUGUUCUACAGAAAAAUGAUGUUACACAAUCUUUCUUAUUCUUCAAACUAGCAGAACUGCUACUAUAAGCCAUUUGUCUAAUACUGCGUGUUUUGUUCGUCAGUUAUCUGUGGAAGAUAAAGGUGGCAGUAAUCAUGUUAAUUGUUAAUCCAGAAAUAUAUGUAGGUCAGUCAGUAAUAGUUAAUUUUGUAAAAUUGCCGAGAAAGGAAGUAAUGCAACUGUCCCUAGAUUUAUAUACUUUUGAAAGUAAUCAAACUGAAAAUGUUCCACCUUUUAAUUUUAACUCCUUUUAAGAGAUGACAACAGCUUCAUGAACCAGACGGAAAAAAUUACUGACUUGUUCGAAGUUUCUCAGUGUUUUCUUUUUGGGUUACUCUACUUGUCAUUUACUCGUGUUACUUACUGAUUUACAUUGUUCAAAUGUACAGUUGUUUUUUUUUUUUUGGAAGUACAGUGAGGAUCUUUACCCCAUUGUAAUUGUAUGCUUGACAGUGCUUAUUUAUGUUGUGAAAGAUUUAUUGUCCUUUAUUGAAUCAAUGAAAUUGUGAUUAAAUCACAUUUACUGAACUUUUACUAUGGAAGACAAAUUAUUUGAAAUAAAUGUCAGGAAACUUUUCA